UUCGGUUCAAUCUCUAAAGCUUCUUCAGUUGCAAAAACAGUUCAAAUUGAUUGGUGCGGGCGCUUCGGUUCUCGAUCUUGGAUGCGCUCCCGGUGCUUGGCUUCAGGUGGCUUGUCAGAGUUUAGGGCCACUGGAGAAGGGUGGGGCUGUUAUCGGUGUUGAUAUAAAGGUUGGUGACAUUGAGCAGAAUGUUAAGGUUCCGUCCCAUCACUGUGACUCUAGAGUACGAACAGUUUCUGCUGAUGUUAUGGAGCUAAUGAAGAGCCAGGCUAGGGAACUGUCUCCUCAGGGAAAAGGUUUUUCUGUGAUACUGUCUGAUAUGUGUCCUAUGGUAACUGGUAUCACUACAAGAGAUGCAGCCUUGUCCAGUGAGCUUGGGAAGAGAGCACUCUCACUGUCUAUUGGCAGGGCAAAGGUGCCCGGUUCAACUGAUAAAGAUAAUGAUGAGGAUUAUCUCGAUAAUUCAGAGCUAGAUGCAAAUGAAAAUGGUGUUCUCCGGCGUGGGGGCAAUCUUGUUGUCAAGCUUCUUGAGAGUGAAUAUAAUAAAGAAUUUGGCAACUUCUGCAAACCACGUUUUAAGAAGGUGACAUGGUCAAGGCCGAAAGCUACAAGAGCUUCCUCAAGAGAGAUCUAUUUGAUUUGUCAAGGUCUGCGAUAACCGGAGAACAAAUGGAGGGACUUUUAAUACUUUACUUUUGGUCCAAUAUGAAGGUUUUAGUUUCAAAAGUGCCUAUUGAUGCUAUAUAUAUGUAAGUGAUAUAUCGCAACUAAUUCAGAUUCUUUUGAAUGAAAAUGCAUAUCAGAUGAGGUGAAAUUAAAAGUGGGUUAAUCAUCUAUUUAUCACAGUUGUAUUAAGAAAAAUUGGUUGAAAUGUUGAUGAGGAUCUUAAAAUUGUGAUCACCUAUGUUGUGUACAUUGAGCUUUGUAUAAAUACUACAAAUGAGAAUAAUUUUUUAUUGUGAGUUA